ACAGCAGCUCUUCCGCGCAGACGUGUUAGAGUCAAAGUUCACAAUAGAAACAACUUUCACUUUCACUUACGAGGAAAGAAGAGAAAAAAUGGCGACAAGCAGAGAAAAACCUAAAGCAGAUGAUAAUCCAGCAGGUUCUCUGUCUAAUGAUGAAGUCACGGAAAAAUGUGGAAAACUUAUUCUGGUGUUAAAGUGGUCUGACUCAGCAAAAAAAGACCCAAAAAAUCUCGAGAAAUCUCUUAAAAGUUGGUCAAAAAAAGAAUGUAAAAGGUUAAAGAUUUCAGUCGUCGAGAUCCUGGACGACAACAACGCUGUAAUAAAGACUGAACCCUAUGCAGUUGCAAACCUUGUUCAGAAAUUAUCUGGUAAAGAACUGAAUCUUAAAAACUUUAAAACAGUCACUGUAGAGUCAGUCGUUCUGGACUCACCAAAGCUGGACACUCAGACAACAGAUGAAGCUUCAAUGUCUUAUACUCCAUCGACAUCUGAUAAAAUAAGACAGAGGAACAGUCAGAGUGAUCAAGAUUCCAUCCCAGAACAAAGUUCUAGAGAUGAAAAGAAGAAUCUCAAAGAUGGAAAUGUUCAUGACAAACACACUCUCUCAUCAAGAAGCAACACUUCUGUUCCAACCAGUCAGAGAAAUAAAGUUGAUCACAAAGAUGCAACAUCUUCAGAUAUCCAGGAAGGGAGUGCUGAAAAAAUGCAGAAAAACAGCGAAAAACAUAAAGCAGACAGCAAUCCAGCAGGUUCUCUGUCUGAGGCUGAACGCUUGGACAAAGGACAGAUGAACAGUCAGAGUGAUAAAGAUUACAUCCCAGAACAAAGUUCUAGAGAUGGAAAAAAUAAUUCCAAAGAUGGAGAUGUUCAUGACAAACACACUGUCUCAUCAAAAAGCAACACUUCUGUUCAAACCAGUCAGAGCGAUAAAGUUAAGCGUGGAGCUGCAGCAUCUUUAGAUUUCAGCAAACAUGAAAAAAAGGUGAAAACCAGACAUGAUGAAGAAUCUAAAGCAGAAUACAGUGCAGCAGUUUCUGUGUCCGAAGCUGAACUCUCGCUCUCAUCAAAAAGCAACACUUCUGUUCCAACCAGUCAGAGAAAUAAAGUUGGUCACAAAGAUGCAACAUCUUCAGAUAUCCAGGAAGUGAGUGCUGAAAAAAUGCAGAAAAACAGCGAAAAACAUAAAGCAGACAGCAAUCCAGCAGGUUCUCUGUCUGAGGCUGAACGCUUGGACAAAGGACAGAUGAACAGUCAGAGUGAUAAAGAUUACAUCCCAGAACAAAGUUCUAGAGAUGGAAAAAAUAAUUCCAAAGAUGGAGAUGUUCAUGACAAACACACUCUCUCAUCAAGAAGCAACACUUCUGUUCCAACCAGUCAGAGAGAUAAAGUUGGUCACAAAGAUGCAACAUCUUCAGAUAUCCAGGAAGGGAGUGCUGAAAAAAUGCAGAAAAACAGCGAAAAACAUAAAGCAGACAGCAAUCCAGCAGGUUCUCUGUCUGAGGCUGAACGCUUGGACAAAGGACAGAUGAACAGUCAGAGUGAUAAAGAUUACAUCCCAGAACAAAGUUCUAGAGAUGGAAAAAAUAAUUCCAAAGAUGGAGAUGUUCAGGACAAACACACUGUCUCAUCAAAAAGCAACACUUCUGUUCAAACCAGUCAGAGCGAUAAAGUUAAGCGUGGAGCUGCAGCAUCUUUAGAUUUCAGCAAACAUGAAAAAAAGGUGAAAACCAGACAUGAUGAAGAAUCUAAAGCAGAUGACAGUGCAGCAGUUUCUGUGUCCGAAGCUGAACUCUCGCUCUCAUCAAAAAGCAACACUUCUGUUCCAACCAGUCAGAGAAAUAAAGUUGGUCACAAAGAUGCAACAUCUUCAGAUAUCCAGGAAGUGAGUGCUGAAAAAAUGCAGAAAAACAGCGAAAAACAUAAAGCAGACAGCAAUCCAGCAGGUUCUCUGUCUGAGGCUGAACGCUUGGACAAAGGACAGAUGAACAGUCAGAGUGAUAAAGAUUACAUCCCAGAACAAAGUUCUAGAGAUGGAAAAAAUAAUUCCAAAGAUGGAGAUGUUCAUGACAAACACACUCUCUCAUCAAGAAGCAACACUUCUGUUCCAACCAGUCAGAGAGAUAAAGUUGGUCACAAAGAUGCAACAUCUUCAGAUAUCCAGGAAGGGAGUGCUGAAAAAAUGCAGAAAAACAGCGAAAAACAUAAAGCAGACAGCAAUCCAGCAGGUUCUCUGUCUGAGGCUGAACGCUUGGACAAAGGACAGAUGAACAGUCAGAGUGAUCAAGAUUCCAUCCCAGAACAAAGUUCUAGAGAUGAAAACAAGAAUUCCAAAGAUGGAGAUGUUCAUGACAAACACACUGUCUCAUCAAAAAGCAACACUUCUGUUCAAACCAGUCAGAGCGAUAAAGUUAAGCGUGGAGCUGCAGCAUCUUUAGAUUUCAGCAAACAUGAAAAUAAGGUGAAAAACAGACAUGAUGAAGAAUCUAAAGCAGAUGACAGUGCAGCAGUUUCUGUGUCUAAAGCUGAAGUCUCGGAUAAAAAAGAAAAAGAUGAAGUACUAAUAACUCUUGUAUUAAAGUGGUCCAAACAUACCAAAAAACAGCAAACAUUGCUACAAAAAUCUCUACAAUCUUGGUUCAACGAAAGAAAAACAGGCUUAAGCUGUUCAGUUGUCAAGAUCCUUGAAGAAAAGAAUGCUCUGAUAAACGUUAAACCUUCUCCAGCUUUGGAGAUUCUACAGAUAUUAUCUGGUGAAAAUCUGAUUCUAGAUGGUACAACAGUCACUGUAGAGUCAGUCGUUCUGGGAUCAUCAAAGCUGAAACCUCAAGCAGAUGAAACUUUCCUGACUCCUACUUCAUCUACAUCUGAUGGCAAAGGAAUAAGGCAGAAUCAGGAAGAGGCUGUUCCUGUCCCAGUGGGUUUCUUCUGGUAUCUGAGCCAAGUCUAUAAGGAGGAAAUCAAGCGCAUAGAAAAAGAGAAUGGAUGUGAAAUGGAAGUAAAUUUAAACGUGACAUUUAAAGCCAAACAAAAAGAUGGAAGUCAACAGAAUGCUCUCUCUGAAUUCACAAACCUCGUCCAAAAUCACUUUAAUGAAUCCAGAGAGUCAGUCAUUCCUGUCCAGAAUGUAAGACCAGAGCAGUGCAGUGAGGCGUUCAAACUCAUCCAGAAAAACGAGAAAAAAGUUCUGCUCACUUUGACUCCUAAAGAAAUAACUGUACGUGGACCAGACAGCGCACAGUUAAAGAGUGUCCUAGAAAGAAAUGGCCCUGGUGAAAAACCUUAUCUGCUGCAUGACGACCCCCCCCUGAAGAUGACCAUCAAAGAUCCUCUGGCUGAUGCAGGGAUGAAGAUGGAGGAGAAGACCUGGAAGGCAUUAGAUGUGGAUGGUAAAAUAACAAAGAUCAAAGAAAAGUUUGAUGUGGACUUUCAAGAGGUCAGGAGGGAUGGAAGUAAAGUUCAGGUGAAAGCCUCUUAUAAGGGUCCUGAAGGAAACCCCUUCAUGGACAAUAAUGCUGUCAGAGCUCUCCUUCGUCUGUACCAGAAAAGUAUCACAUCACCUCUGAACUUAACGCAGCUUCAAGGAGCCUCUGGUUUCAGGGACUCGACAACGAUGCAUGAAGAUGAGUCAGAAAAGAGACCUGUCCCUGAAGGAGGGGCCACAGGAGGAGACAGCACAGAGGAAAACUGUCCGAUCUGUUUGUCUCCGUUCACGGAUAAGAAAAGUCUGAACUGCAAACAUGAAUUUUGCAACCUAUGCCUGCAGCAAGCAAAGGAGAGCAAUGGACCCAUCUGUCCUGUCUGCAGAAAAGUCUUUGGCAUCAUACAGGGAGAUCAGCCAGAUGGAAGAAUGACGUGGACUAGGAGUUCUGGUCAAGUUCCUGGUUUCUCAAACUGUGGAAUCAUUACCAUCACCUACUCUAUUCCAAAUGGAACACAGACGGAGAAGCAUCCCAAACCUGGACACUGGUAUACUGGUACAACUAGAAUGGCAUAUCUUCCAGACAACAAAGAGGGUAACGAAGUGCUGAAACUUUUGAAGAAGGCGUUUGAUCAGAAGCUGAUCUUCACCAUCGGGGCUUCAAGAACUACUGGCUAUGAAAACCAGGUGACCUGGAAUGACAUUCAUCAUAAAACAAGCUUGUAUGGAGGACCAGACAGUUAUGGAUAUCCUGACCCAACCUACCUGAGCAGAGUGAGGGAGGAGCUAAAGGCCAAAGGUAUCGAGUAAAUGUGACGCCAGGAGAAGAUGUCAUCACUAAAUCAGAGCAAAAUACAAUAAAGAUUUGAAAUGAACAAAAUGAAUUACAUUUUAAAAACAAACUUUUUUUGUGAUUUAAGGAUUUCUAAGAUAACUUUUGUUUACUUUACGGCGCAAAUGGUGAAUAAAUUAGCAGGGACAACCUUAAUGGAAUAAACAUGGCUGAUUGGUUUAUCUUUCCUUUAAUGUGAUUGUAAAAGUGUAUCAAGAAGAAGAUCUGUAAAUGAAGAUAAACCUUCAGUGAUCUGGUGGGAUGUUUGCCUAAUAAAUUAUGAAGUCAAA